CUGUUGUCAGUGUCAUUACCGUUGUCACUCUCACCAAACUCUCCAGUAAUCCCUGCAAUCAAGCUGGCACCCAAUACAAACCUCAACGUACCUCCACUGAAAGCAUGGUUCAAUAAUGAUCAUUCAUCAACGUAUCCAAACGGACGAUUCGGCUUUUCCUCUCACCAAAAGGAUUGCUUCCAUAGUUUACGACUCGCGAAUAAGUACACGGAUAGUAUAGGCUCGGUGGACGUGAUCAGUCAUUCGGACACGAUCAAGAAACUGUUAUUGUCACCGUUCAAUGCCAAUCAACCGUUGAAUAUGUUUGUGCAUCGAAUCGGCAAGACCAUUCUCAUCGACAACUGCGAGUAUUUGAGAACGGCAUAUAUGAACAAUAACUUCAACAAUAAAUCCACCUCUCCAGUGGCAAACUUUCUCAAGUUGCAAUAUUCGAAACAUAUUGGCAUAAGUAGUGAAUCGACCUCUCCUUCACAAAAUUCUCAGUUAGCAACUAACGAUAUCAUCAAUCGACUCGGAGAACGCAUGAUAACGGAGAAUCUUUAUUCUAGAAGCUUGGCUUUAAUGGAUCAUCAGGCGGAGGGUUUAGAUGAAGCGAAAGUGAACGUUAAAUCGUCGAAGAAUAUCAAUAAGGCAUCCAGUAAGACGAAUGUGAGUGCUGAGAGUGGAUUCACUGAUCCUCUCGAGGAUUAUGGUAUCACAGGCUUUCAGGAUGUUGAUGAGGUGGAUGUGGAAAUCGAAGGUCGUGUAUGGAAAUUCGAGAAUUUACGGAUGUUAGUCGAUGUGAACAUCCCGAUAUUCGGGUGCAACACGAAUCCGUGUGUAACGAUCUACGCAAAGGAUAUGAAACAACGACCGAUCUCGUGCUUAACGGGCAUUGAUCUGUAUCUGGAUCAGUGCAUGUGCAACGUUCCUGAAGCGUUACUUUGCUGGCAUAUGGCUGGUUACGUCAAGGAAUACGAGGUGAUACGAACCGAAGAUAUUCCAAAGUUGGACAAUUCAAAAUUUGAUCCCAAUGUGCUGAAGAACAUCGCCGAAAAUUUGGUUGACUUCUUGAAUGAACACGCCACGCAGGAGGGACAUACUUACUGGUUAUCCAGAGAUGUAAUGAACGGCAACGAAGGGAUGCUGCGACUCUGGGAUUUAACACCGCUCUGUGCAGAUUUACUCGAAGAUGAGAUCUCCAAUCCGUAUACACUGUCUGUCGCUGUUCUUAUCUAUAAGGUAGCGCGUAACUUAAUGCGAAGAUCAGCGACAACUCGACCGAAACGCAUCGCGAAUGCGAUCUAUCGCUUGCUACACGUUUGUCUGGCUAUUAUCGACAAGAAUAAAUAUCCUCAGAUAGUGGCAUGUGCACGAUACCUACUGGCCAACUUGUACUUGUCGUAUGGACAUGAUGCGUUGAAACGAUCUGAUGAAGACGAGAAUGAGAUCGAGAAGAAUGAACCCACUUGGGCGUACGAUGAUCAGUGGCAGCGUGAGUACGGACAGACCUAUGAGCACUACGCAGCCAUCUCGAUCGAAUCGCUGAAAAAGAAAUCACUAGAAGAGAGUAACGGCGAAAAACCACCACCCAAAUUAAGAUCACUUCCGAAUUGUUCAUCGAUAAUCGACUGCUAUAAACAGGCUUUAGAGCAUUGCUAUGAGGGUCUGGUAAGUCUUGAUAAAUUCGAUCAGUUAGAAGAGAACCGAGAACGUAAAAAUCGAAUGUCGUUCACCAAAGAUCGUGUCAAUCUUGCUGACACUUAUGAGGAAAUCGGUGAAAUGUUGAAACGAGAUGUGCGUUCGAUUCUGUUUAUUCGUGCAGCGACAGCGUAUAAUUUGCUGGCUGAUAACGCGUUCGUUCUGGAGCGAUAUGGGUGUACGAUUCGAUUUGCGAGGGUGGCAUUGUUGUGUUGUUUGGCCGUCAAGAAGAUGAACGAACACUGUAAACGACCGAAUAACAGAGACGAAAUUAAGCAGAAGAAUGCACUGCGUAAUUACACGACUGCAUCCUCGUUAAUACCUGUCAUUUAUACGCAGUGUGCUGCAAACCUAACACUUUUCCCACCGACCGCAUCAGCAAUUUUACCGGUUUGUGAACUUGCGAAACGAUGUGGUAGUGUCAACAAUAUGUUCGGUAUGCGUGCUAUCAAGCAGAUUCAGUCUUAUCUCACUAAGGUGACACCAUCUGAUGCAGAUAAUGAGCUCGCGAAAGCGGCAAUCGCUCAAUUUCUGGCUAUUGAACACGGCGUGCAAUCGGCAACCACGAUGACUUCUGAGGCGAUUUGUCGCAGAAUAUUUGCAAUCGCCAAAAACUACUUCCUUCAGGCAUAUUCAAUGUUUGAUAUGUCAUCAGACAACUUCAAUAAGGCACGGAUGCUGGGUAAUUUGGGUCAGUUGCAUUAUCUGAUGAUGAAUUGCAUCGCGGUGACCACCGACUCGAGUGGUGAUUCGUUGUAUCGUAAGGAGAGGCCGUUCGCUGUUGAGGCGAAACGUUAUUACGAAACGGCGUAUGAAGCAGCGUCUAAGAAUCGUCAGCUCGGAGAUAAUGAAUUCUAUGAACAUAUUUGUAAAGACUUUGGUAACGUGUGUUGUUUAUUCGCCACGAUCAUCCAAGAAAAAUCAACGGAUUUCCUUAAGAUUGGUCGAGAGUGUGAAGAGUAUUUAUGGCGAGCGAUAAGAGUGUACGAAGAUGCGAUCGAGUGGGAAGGAUGUGGUGCCGAGAUGCGAGUGUUCUUCAUUAGAAAGACGAUUGAGGCACUUUACAGAUCAAAUCGAACAAAAAGAGAGAUGUUUAAUAAUGGAACGAUCGAAAAUGAUCGUAAAAUAUGCGAACGAACUGAUGAGCGUGAUGUGGUGAUGCGUGCGGGUGAAGAUUUAUACGGAUAUGUUGUAUGGAAAGUUAUCGAUAUUUUACGAGCAUUGGUCAAGGAUUCAUAUCGUAACACGGUGCAAUUACGCAUGGAGAAUGCAGACGAGUGGAAGGAGUUUUACCGAGAGUUGUUGUUCGAGGACGAUUUGGGGAUCUAUGAAUCGCUGACGAAACUUGUUGGUGCGUUGCAGCGGGGUGUUGAUCGACUGAAAUUGUUUUGA